AUGGUUCGUGCUCCGGUAAGGCUUAAUGUUUAUGAUAUGUAUUGGAUCAAUGAAUAUGCAUCAACUCUUGGUGUUGGUGUAUUUCAUAGUGGAAUAGAAAUAUAUGGUGUUGAAUAUGCAUAUGGAGGACAUCCAUUUGAUUUUUCAGGAGUUUUUGAAAAUACUCCUCAGGAGGCAGAAGAAUUGGGUGAAAAUUUUAAAUUUAGAGAAAGUAUUAUAAUUGGUGAGACUGAUUUUUCUGUCAGUGAUAUCAAACAUAUCGUUAAACAGCUAGGACAAGAUUUUAAAGGAAAUGCCUAUCAUCUUAUCUGUAAAAAUUGUAACCAUUUUUCUGCUGAGUUUGCCAAAAUUCUUACGGGUGUAGAGAUUCCUGGAUGGAUAAAUCGACUUGCCUCUAUUUCUCAAAGUAUACCAUUUUUAGAAAAAAUGAUACCUCAAGAAUGGCUUACUCCUGUAGCAUUGCAGGAGAGUAUUGAUAAUAAACAAUCACUAAGUGAAUCAGGUCCUGGAAAUGUUAUUACUAAACAAGUACCUACUAAAACAGCAUCAUUAAAUUAUCCUAUAAAUGUUGAUUAUGCCAAAGAAGCAACAGAAGAAGGAGAAUAUUCCAAUAAUGGUAAAGGUAUUAUUUGGUAG